AUGACCGGUGAGGCAUUCUCCCUGGAGUCACUGGUCCUCCCGAGCGGGAUUAAGGCCCUGCGCAAGGACCAGGCGUUACGGUCGGCGGUCCUGGCGUCGAUGCCGACCCUCGACGAGGGUGGCCUAGCGGUCCGGCAGGUUGGAGGUGACCCUAAUCGUGGGAUCCAUAUCCCCGGCGCCUCGCCCGACCGCCAGCAACGCACCAGCCAGUGUCCCAGCGGGUCCAGCCACGGAGGUCCGGCCCCCGCCGGGGAAGGGAAAGGGAAAGAACCGGAGCUGGAAUGCCGCUACAAGCAAAGUGUGGGCGGCACCCCGGCCCGGAGAGACGAAAAGGUGCGGGGAGCAGCUACCGCCCGGAGCAGCCAGGAGGAGGGAUUCAGGUUCUGGAGGCUCCAGCGCGGUGACGGCUCCUACGUGGGGGAGCCGGCCCUCAAGCGCCAGAAGACGGUGGAGGCGGAGGGGCAGAGCAACUCUCGGGCUCUGCUGCCUCCGCCGCAACAGCAGCAGCCGCAGGAGAUCCCACCACCGCCGCCAAUGAUGUGGCGCCUAGCGACGCCGCCAUCACCACCAUCGGAGUCAGGGCCACAAGCCCCGCCCCCGCCGCUGGGAGCGCCCUCAGCGGGAGGCCCCCACCCGAGGACCGGGGAGUCUUCAGCGGGAAAGGAGAUCCCCCCAAUCGCUCAGGGAGGUUGGGAGUGGCUCGACUUCGUGCCCCUUUUUGCAAACGCGCCGACCGCGUCUGCCGGUGAUUCACCGACCGGGGGGUCCGGCCCCCACCCAGCUUCAUCCUCCCCCGCUGGGAAGUCGGCGACAGCACCAGCAGGGUCUUCGUCCCCGCCAGCACCGGAAGAGUCCGGACCUGGAGGUCCGGAAUCGGAGGCCGCACCCCUAGGGUCCGAAGCCGCACCUCAAGAGGAGGCUGCCCGGCCUACUGCGACAGCUGAAGUGCUAGCUGCGGCGGCAGCGCUAGAUGCCACGGCGGAGGCCCCUCCAGCAGAGCCGGCUGCAGAGGAGGCUGUGGCGGCGGUAGAGGCAGCAGCGCCGGAGGUCGCCAGCUCCGCCCCACCACCCGUGCAGGAGGAGAAGCCGGAGGUGGUGUACGGGAGGCACCUUCUUCCGAACCCGGUGGAAAUCCCUCUUCCCCGCCUCCUGAUCAAGGCCCAGCGGGCGCAGGAGGAGGCAGAGGCGGGCUUCCAACGGGAGUGGGAGAAGCUGGAGGUCGAGGUCGCCCUCGAGCUGACCAACCAUGCCAAGGCAGCGCUGAAGCUGAUCGAAGAGCAGCGCGCCGCCCUCGCGGAACGGGAGGCGGUCGUGGUGAAGGGGGAGGCCAACCUCGCCCUUCACCAGGAGGAGUUGGCGACCCGGACCCAGGGGCUUCAGGAGCGGGAGGCGUCACUCCAGGAGCGGGAGGCCAAGGUGGAGGAGUUCCUGGCGGAGUGGAGCGCCAGCAUCGACCGGGUCGUGAGGUGGGCCGAUGAAGUGAACCCCUCUCUGGAUGCUCUCGGACUAAGUCCCAUCCAGGUCGCCGGGGCCCCACCCUCACUUGGCGCCGUCCUCUCGGUGCUGGACUCCGCCGCCGAGCGACUGCGACACCUGGAGUCCGCCAUCCUCGACCGCCUUGAGACAGAAGGGCGAACGGUUGCCUGGGGGAUGGUAGAGUACAUUCUUACCUGCUUCUGGAGCCACGACCCCGCCUUUCCACUGACUCCAGUCUUGGUUGGCCCCGUCCGGGCGACGGUGACCGCCGCGCAGGAAGGAGUGCAGGAGGCGGCGGACAUGGUGGCGUCCCGCGUCCAGCGCUGUCCCGGACCUGCAAGGAGGAGGGACUCCUCCGGACCACCGGAACUGUAG